UUGUUUCCAUAUCAAAUGACUUGAAUAUGUGUUUUAUCUAAUCGGUUUGAUCAACACGAAACGCCAUAAAAAAAUUGUGUGAAUGAAUCACGAUUUAUUAGUCGCAUAAAUUGUCAUCUAUGGCAAAAAAAGUUGCCUUUAAAAAAAGAGACAGAAACAAGAAUUCAGUUUCGCUGUGAACAUAGACUGAACGCGUUCAAAUUUACAGGACAAACACACAACGAAUGUAUGGGCUGUCAAAUAUCAAAAGAAGAAGAUGAAAAAAAGAGUGAUCAGCAGUCAAAUACUGAACACAACACUACAGAUACAAUGGCGCAUAGAUCUACAGCCGCAACCGAGUACAAAUCCCGAUUAGAAUGGAAAUUGUGCUUGGCAAAAGACACACCAGAACCAGAAUUUGACUUAUCCGAUUGUAAUUUAAAAGAAAUUCCGUCUGGUGUGUUUGUGUUGUGCCGCAUUUUACUCAAAGAACGUCUUAAUUUACAAAAUAAUCAAUUGCAAUCAUUAAACGGUGGUGGAAUACUUGCAGAUUUAAGCAAUUUAACACUAAUCAACUUGAGUUUCAAUCGAUUUACACGAGUGCCUGAUGAAUUUUGUAACAUGCUAAAAAACCUCAGGGAACUAUUUCUUUCGCAUAAUGUAAUCGACAUUCUACCCGGAGCCGUUAACAAAUUGACCAAUUUAGAAUUGCUAGAUGUAUCACAUAAUAGAUUAACGCGAAUCGAUCAAAUUGGUUUCAUGCCGAAUUUACGCAUUUUAAACAUUACGGGAAAUGAAAAUUUAACACAAUUACCCAAUCAACUCACCACUUGUGACAGUCUGAUGGAUAUUGUACUCGACCCACAAUACAUUUUAUAUCCACCAGCCAAUGUUAUUGAAUGUGGAACGGCUGAAAUUCUAAAAUAUUUACUCGAACACAAUGGCUUUGAAACAAAACCAGCACAAAACAUUAAACGAACAACCGCUAAAAUGAUUGAGAUUGAACGUGGCAGAGAUGUUGUACGGGAAUGGAAUAACACAAAUGAUAAACAUUCAAUUUCUAAAAAUGACAAAUAUACACGGGACAAGAAAUUCAUGGAACGUGAACGAUCUGAACUGGAGAGAUAUUCGAAUCUGGAAGCUGAACUACAUCAACAACAACAAAAGCGCAAACAAAACCUAUUGCAACAUUUGCUACAACAGCAAAAUGAAUCAGACACAAUGAUACAACGAAUGCAAAAGGAAAAGGAUUCGGAACGACAUAAAUUGAUUGAAGACAUUUUACAAGCUGAAGCAAAUGCCGGAAUGAUUGUCGAUCAAUUGAUAUCAUUGAAAAGUGGUCCCGAUUCAGCCUUAUUGGAGCAAGAGCAAGAAGAGCAAAAACAAUUAUUGGAACAACUUCGUAUAAACCAUGAUGACUUACGUAAACGUGAUAUUUUGGCUGCAAUGACUGAACUAUUGGAGUACGAGACAAAACAGAUUGAAAUGUACAACGAAAAACGUGACAAUACCUCAAAAACGCUGCUAGAGCAUGAAAUUAAUACAAAUCAAUUGUUGGAUAAUCUAUUCAAAAAUAAUGAUAAAGAUCGAGCCGUUGCCGUAUCCAAAAUUACGCAAAACGAAGAUCUGCAGAAGAGGGCAUUCACUGCGCUUAUCGAAAAGAAUGAUGCCCGAACAUGGGGAUUGAUUGAACAAGUGCGCAUCGUUGAAACGCAACUAGCAUCGAUGACAAACUGUGAAAUUGAACGCAAGAAAUUACAAAUGGAUGAUCAAAUUGUUGAUUUGAGCGAACAAAGAGUGAAAUUAACCUAUGUUCUUUUGGAUUUGUUAGAGCAACAAUCGAGUCGAAAGAGAGAGCUACUUGAUACGCUCAUGUGUCUUGAAUCACAACGAGAAAAUGAGCAUCAAGACUUUUGGUUAUUACAAUAUCAAAAGCUAUUGGACUCGCAACCGGCAGGCGAGCAAUCAUUUCGAUCGAACAGCAUUGAUCCAUUGCUUGGAUAUAACUUUUUGGUUAAUGGUGUCGUGCAUUGCAUUCCAUUUUUAUCGAGAUUAUGGCAAUCGGACAAAUGUAAUAUUUAUGAUAUUACCGAAAAUGAUUUGAUUGAAGCGGGAAUUAAAAAUGCCUGUGAUCGUGAAAAGAUAUUACAAUCGAUUCGAGACUUUCUUAAAUUGGAGUCGCCAAUACAAACAACUGAAGCAAUACCACAGCAACAAACAAUCGCAACAGAUGAACAAUCAGCCGCAAAUGAUGAGCAAUCUACAGGGCAAUCUACCACUGAAAUGGAAUCGGAAUGUGUUAUUUGUAUGGAAGAAUCGUGUAAAAUUAUAUUCCUGCCAUGUGGCCAUCUGUGUUGCUGUCUUAACUGCCAUAGCACUAUUGAGAAUUGUCCAAUGUGUCGAGCUCAUAUCGAGCGACGCAUUAAAAUCAUUCAAGCCUAAUCGUCAUUUGCAAUUUCCUUUUUUUGCAAACCAAAAAAGGGUUUGUUUUUUCCUCAACAUAUAUGGAACUUUUUUUCUGAAUAAUUUGCGAUUUACUUUUAGUAAAAAAAACUAAGCCAAAAAAAUUAAUAUUGUUCGAAGUAUAUUUGUGAAUUAUUUGUAUUUGUUGCACACGUAUUGCGUGUAGUCUUUUCUUUCUUUGAUCAAAACAAAAAUCAAUUUUAUCUUUAUACAUCUAUCGUAGUCACAAGCGUUUUAUUAUAUUUG